GGAACUCCCACCCCUCUGGCCGUCCUCUCCAUGCUCCUGUCCUCUGCCACUCUCUGUGGGACUCCCAUCCUGUUUGCACAAGUGACAGUGUUGCUGCUGUGAGACGCUGCGACCAUGGCUGCUACUGGUACUUUCCGUAUGGUGUCCGAGGAGGAGCAGGCCAUGAGGUCAAAGCUGGAGCACCUGACAGUGAAGGACCACGGGUCAGUGUUUGGACCGUGCCACAAACUUCCUGGCCACACUGUCCAAAAGGCAAAGGAUGAGCUGCAUGAGACGAACGAAAGACGAGGGUCAUCCCUGAAAGAUCUGCGGGUCAUGAUGAAGGAGAGGGCGUCAGAGGGAGACGACCUGGCCAAACUGGUGCUGGACCGCUUCGGGGACAAACCGGACUCGCUGCUGGUUCGCUUCCUCCGGGCACGAAAGUUUGACGUCACCAGAGCCCAUGAGCUCAUGAAGGGUUAUGUGCGCUUCAGGAAGGAUUAUCCCGAGUUGUUUGAGAACCUCACCCCCGAGGCGGUCCGUAGCACCAUCGAGGCAGGCUACCCAGUGGUUCUGCCCAGCAGAGACAAAUAUGGCCGUGUGGUUCUGCUCUUCAACAUCGACAGCUGGGACCUGGAGGAGAUCACCUUUGACGAGGUGCUGAGAGCGUAUUGCGUGAUCCUAGAGAAGCUGCUUGAAAACGAAGAGACUCAGAUCAACGGGUUUGUCCUGAUUGAGAACUUUAAAGGCUUCACCAUGCAGCAUGCCUCGGGAAUAAAGACUGCUGAGCUCAAAAAGAUGGUGGACAUGCUGCAGGACUCCUUUCCUGCGCGCUUCAAGGCAGUCCAUGUCAUUCACCAGCCCUGGUACUUCACCACGACCUACAACGUGGUUAAACCCUUCAUGAAGGCCAAGCUGCUGGAGAGGGUCUUUGUUCACGGUGAAGAGUUGGACGGCUACUUUAAAGAAUUCGAUGCAGACAUCCUGCCGUCAGAUUUCGAUGGAAAAGCCCCAGUGGCCGACUAUCAAAGCAUCGCAACCCAACUCUUUGGCUCCGAAGACACUGCUCUCUGAAAGAACAUUCCCACGUUUUUUUUUAACUGAAGCAUAUGAGAACAUAAAAGAAGCAGAGGUCAGUCUGCAGAUAAGAUUAAUGCGUAAAUAGAGGGAAAUGACGCCUAGAUAUCAUAGAGAAUAAUUGUUAUAUUUUGUUUAUACUGCAAGGCACUGGUAUUAUUGUAUGUUGUUGAGUGGGGGAAGGAAAGCUACAUUGUGGCAUUAUGAUUCAAACAAUCAGAUAAAUUUGGUUUGAUUUUGUUUGCCUUCAAUGUCGGAUGCAUAAGGCUAAACCUCCAUAAAAUUAACCCUUAGCGUAGAAGUUGCCAUCUUUCAGAUUUUUGAGAUUCAGAUAGAUUUUAUGAAUAUUAUUCCUAAUAACAAGGAAGUGGAUUUGCCUUAGAUCAUUGUGGUGCCUUCAGAAAAUGUCAGUUUAUCAGCAGCCAUGUUUUUACUUAAGCAAACUUCUUUCCGUCUGUUGUAUUUUCUUGCAGAGCUGAAAAAAGAAUUUGCUAUAAGACACGUCAGUAGUUCUGUAAAAGUUAGCUUGUUUAAAUCUGUUAACCUCAUAUUUGAAUGUAGCAAUAAACCCAGUUUCCACCAAAAUAGUUUUUUCUUUAUCAUUUUUGCCAUUAACUAUGUUUAGUCUAUCCUGACCCACAUUAAUGAGCCACUUUCCUUCCUCAUGCGUCGCCUCAGGCUUAAUUUCUACCACGAGUUUCUUGACUGGAACUAUUUCUACUAACUGUAUUAAAUACAGAAAUGCAAACAUUUCUCCUAAAGAACGUGUUGAUAAGUGGAAUCUGAAUGAGUUUAGUUUCCUGGAAUUCAAAAUCAAAGUCCUGGACUUUUUUUAUGCUCUUAGAAAGAAAUAUUUGUGAAGAAACUUAAUGCAGCUUUACCGUUUUUACAGAAGAUAAACAUAGCUCUCAUUAGCACUGUAGUAAAUUAUGCCAUUCCACAAUUAAUCAUAUCAGUAAAAAAACUAUUCAAUUAAUAAAUCUGAAAAUACUUUCUUUUUCAGUGAAUGACCACUGCUUUAUAAAAACCACAUGGUUUAUUUUUCAGUCCUAUGACCCAUUUUCCUCAGAUUUAGAUUUUUUUAUUUUCUUCUUUCAGAAACAUUAAUCUAAGUGUGAUAGAUCUCAUUUUACAUAAUGUGCUGAGGAAACAAAAUGAAAGGAGAAUCUUUCUUCAUUUGAGAAAAUAAUUUAUUUAAGAACACAAUAACCAUGUUGCCUCAUAAUUAGAUCACACACUCCACUGGUUUUCUUUUUAAAAAACCAAAACAAAAUACCCAGUGUUCAGUCUUGCAGUACACCAUGUUGUGUGACUGUGCAGGUCCCUUCAAGCUGUCACCACACUCCUUAAACCAUACUAAAAAAGAUUAAAUAAAAAUUAAAGCUGUGUAAUGAUACCUGUAUGUUCUUACCGAUGUGUUUUAGGCUGAAUUACUUUUUAAUAGGGAAAGAAAGAAAAAGUGUUUAAAGGAAUAAAAUGAGCAACCAUCAUACAGCCUAGCGAUUGUUUGUGUUUUUAUACAUUUAAAGCAAUCGGGGGUAAAUGAUGUGUUUGUUUGCAAGAAAGUAAAUAUGAGCACAGAAUCCUGACGCCUGAAGCACUGGCGUUAGGAUAAAUAUCAGAGCUUUUUAGAUUCCACGACUUAUUACAAAAUUAUGUGCACGGCAUGUUUGGUUUAACAGUUUUCCCUCUUUUAAAAUCUCAAGUGUCAAAAAAAAAAAAAAAAGAACGAAAAAAACCCAUCCCUGACUGGUUAUUGCCAUGAUUGGUUUAUAUUACUGGUCCCUU